AUGAAGAACACAAAUACGAAGUUAUCCACACUCGUUCUAGGGUUUCUCUUCUUCACAGUGAUGAUGAAUCUUCCUCAUGUGCUUCAAGACGUAGGUGGAUCAAAAUAUGAAGAUUAUGGUCUUCUCGUGAGCGGAAGUGAGCAUCUCUUGCUGGGAAGAAAGUUAAAAGGUUUAAAACCAACCGAGUCUAAGAUAAAGAAAAGAUCAGCAAAAGGUUUGGUCUCGAGAGAUUCAAUAAAAGAAAUGGAUAAUCUAAUGAGAAGCGACUAUCCUUCACGUAUGAAAGGCAGGAAACGGACUCCAAUCCAUAAUUGA